AUGCCAAAGGGUUUCCUUAUAAAACGCUCUAAAAAGACUGGGCCAGUUUCGUACAGAGUACGAGAAAAGGAUGACCCAGCACAGGCGCAAAACUUUCUGUUGAAUUCCGGAAUUCCAGCUUUAAGCACUCCAACAUUUUCCUGUGAGCGCAACAGCGUUGAACAGAGGACGCCGAGUCGGGUGUGUUUUGGUGGACAGCCUGAAGCCGCCUUUGCUCCUUCACUCAGUCCUACUCGCCCCGACAGCGAGGAAUACACAGACCAGUAUAUCUCAGCGGAUUCAACGGAUCAGAAGGGCAACACCGGUUCUCCAGCACAAACCGAGCUCUUCCUUGAGCCAGUGCUCGGAAGUUUUGCCGUCAGUGGCUCGCCGGUAUCACCAUCGCUGCCCGAGAUGACAACGAAGCUAGACUCUUCCUUCAGUGGACCAUCAUCGAGUGUUAUUAAACAGCCUGCAUCCUCAAGCAGCAAAAAUAAACAGUCGGGCUCUAAGAAGCGCAAGUGUUCGGGUUCCCAUCCCCAGGAGAAAAGAACGAACAGCCGAGAUGACUUCACCACCUCACCCGUCCUGGGUCUCCGGAUUAAAGAAGAUCCAGAGGAAGAUUCCAAGCCGCGCUCCAACACCAGCAGCCCGCUGGGAGAGUUCAUUUGUCAGUUAUGUAAGGAGAGGUACUCAGACCCUCUGACCCUCGCACAUCAUAAGUGUUCCCGCAUUGUACGCGUCGAAUACCGUUGUACUGAAUGUGAAAAAACAUUCAGCUGCCCCGCUAACCUGGCUUCUCACCGGCGAUGGCAUAAACCCAAGGGCGCCGCACAGGGAGAGGACAGUCAGCUGAGCCCCACUGCUGGACAAAACGGCAUGGCCCGCUCGGAUCCCAGCCCACAGCCAUCGCAGCAGUCUGACUCGGGUUCGGAAGAAGAGAUGCCAUUCAGUUGCCCCCAGUGCGCCAAGAAGUUCCGACGACAAGCGUACUUGAGGAAACACCUUGCGCUUCACGGUCGAAAAGCAGCAAGUUCGUCACAGGGUCUGUUCUCUGCAGAGGCACCAAAAAAUCCCGCCGGCGCAACCGAUUCCAGCGUCCAAACGAAAAAAGAGUCUCCAGAUUUUAGCCCGAAAUAUGCGAAGGUAGAGCAAGCUACACAGAUGUCGGGGGAUGUCUUUCCCUGUCGCUUCUGUGGAGACAACUUCUUUUCAUCCCCUGGGUUAACAAGACACAUAAACAAAUAUCACCCAACGGAAACCACACACAUGAUUUUACUGUCUCAGCCCAUCUGA